AUGGAUAAAUUAAUUAAUCAAGAAAGCAAUAUUGAUGAAGAAAAAAUGGAGCUUAGAAGAGGUCCAUGGUCUGUUGAAGAAGAUUUUGUUCUUAUGAAUUAUAUUUCUCAUCACGGUGAAGGUCGUUGGAAUUCACUCUCACGUUGUGCUGGUUUAAAGAGGACCGGAAAAAGCUGCAGACUAAGAUGGCUUAACUACCUUCGACCAGAUGUUCGACAUGGAAAUAUUACACUUGAAGAACAACUCUUGAUUCUUCAACUUCAUUCUCGUUGGGGCAAUAGGUGGUCAAAAAUCGCACAACAUUUGCCAGGAAGAACAGAUAACGAGAUAAAAAAUUACUGGAGAACCCGAGUCCAAAAACAUGCUAAACAACUAAAAUGUGAUGUCAAUAGCAAACAAUUCCAAGACACAUUACGUUAUCUUUGGAUUCCAAGACUAGUUGAGAGAAUUCAAGCAUCCAAAAUUUCCAAUAAUAAUUCUAGCAGCGAAGCUCAACAACCCGUUCUGAGAACGGGUAUUACUGAGCUCGUGCCAAUUCAACUGACGAACAACAACAAUAAUAGUAUUUUAAUCACGAGCGUUAAACCGGAGAAUUCCAGCGUGGCAACUUCAUCAGAAAACUCUAAUCAAGAUUAUUAUCAAGUUAAUCAAAGUGAUCAAUUAUGGUUUGAAGAUUACCAAGCAAUGGAUCAACAAAAUAAUAUAGAAUUAUGGAUGGAUAAUGAAGAUGUUUUCAACAAUUUGUGCAACAAUGAAGACAUUUGGUCCUUAUAA